CUUCCCCACCUCUUGUCCCCUUGUAUGGAGAGGAGCUCCGAGCUGGACGGACAGGAGUCACACGCACCGGGUCGCCUUCUGCAUCAAAGGGGGGUCACAGUAAGAACCAGAUCUCAAUGAGACCCGGAAGCCCUCCUCUAUUUGGACUUUUAAAACACUGGAUGUCGAAGACUGUGUCUUUAUUUAGACGGCAUUUCUUUUAUUGACUUGUAAAGGAAAGUUUCCUCUGCACUUUGUCACCGGACAAAGGAUAACAACACCGGCCUGUCUGCUGGGUGAACGGACGAACAUUACGACAAGUUAAAGCCGAAUACAUCUUUUAAACUCGUGCGUUUUGAUCAGAACAGUGCGAUUUGUGCUGUGUGAGUUGCUCUUUUAUUAUUGUAUUCGCAGGGUAGUUACAUAUGUCCAUAGGACGCCUGUAAGCGCAGCAGUCUGCCGAUAACAGGGGGGGCGAUUUAGAGGAGCAUUGAUCCGUUCUCUGAGCCCACAGGCUCACUUCUCCCUCCGCUCCACCAAUCCGGUUAAAUUCAGUCUACUCAGGAAAAUGAUGCGAACGCCCAAAGGCGUCUCUCCGGCAGCGGGACUGCCCUGCACCCAGCUCAAGAUGAAGGUGGUGUCCGCCGGCGGGGGGAAGGUGAGGACCGAGUUCUUCAGCACCGGACUGUCCAGCCCGCCGAUGUGCACGGUGCCGGUGGGCUACUUCACCCAGAUCUGCAACACCGCCGCGGCCGAACAAAGAGCCAACAGCCUGUAUUCAACCCCCCACGGACCCGAGGCUAAACCCAUCAGAUCAUCCUCCGGGCGACUGCCGGCUAAAAGGAAGCUGGAUCUGGAGGACCCCCUUUACCUCCCCGAGUUCCGCACGCCUAAAGGCAAAGGCAUCAGCGCCGCCAGGAUACCAAGUCCUAGGACUCCAAAGUCUCCAGGGGAGCGGACGCGGUACGACACCUCCUUGGGUCUCCUCACCAAGAAGUUUGUGGGUCUGAUUGCCGAGUCUCCCGAUGGAGUUCUCGACCUGAACUGGGCCACCGAGGUCCUGGAGGUCCAGAAGAGACGCAUCUAUGACAUCACCAACGUGCUUGAGGGAGUCCAGCUGAUCAGAAAGAAAUCAAAGAACAACAUCCAGUGGCUGGUUGGAGAUGUAUUUGAGGGUGGUGCGGGUGGAGGACAGAAGGCAUGCGCCCUGAGGAAAGAGCUGGGAGACCUGGAGAGGGCGGAGAGAUCCCUGGAUGAACUGAUUCAAUCCAGCACCACACAGCUCAAACAGCUGACUGAAUACAAAGACAAUCAGAGGCUGGGAUACGUGACGUACCAGGACAUCCGCUCCAUCGGUAGCCUCCGAGACCAGACCGUCAUUGCUGUCAAGGCCCCUGCUGAGACCAAGCUGGAGGUGCCAGACACACCAGGGCAGGGGUCAUUACAGAUCUAUUUGAAGAGUAAAAACGGCCCCAUUGAGGUCUACCUGUGUCCGGAGGAGGGUCUUGAAGAUGCGAGCCCCGUUAAGAGCCUUGUCACCCCUAAAAAGGAGUUUCCUCAGCCCCUCUGCCCUCCAGCUGCAACCCCGAUGGCACCAGCAAGCUACAGCAUCAAGGAGGAGCCUGUUGAAUCCAACCUGUCGACAGCGGCUCCUGCCACCGCCUCUGCCGUAACCUCCAGUCCGUCUCUGCUGGACGUAGAGGGCCUGUUGGGUUUGCCCCCCAGCCUGCUCCAGAUCACAGAGGACCAGCUUCCCGGCACCUCAUUCGCUGCUGACCCCAACACCCCUUUUGUCAGUUUCUCUCCACCGCUGGACCACGACGAUUACCUGUGGAGCCUGGAGGAUGGCGAGGGAGUGUCCGAUUUCUUCGACACCUACGAUCUUGGGGAUCUGUUGAGGAGCUGAGGUAUAGAUGAAGGAGGGGAGGUAGAAUUUAAGGGAGAAGAUGGGGGGGAGCUAUUUAAUUGAAUGCCUUCUCAAAGUAGGAAAUAUUACACUAUGAAGCCAUCACUUUUUUUUGUCAUGCCUGUUUUAAUGUCAGUAAUUCUAAUGGGUGAUUUACACCCUAUGUUAAUGUAAAUAAAGUAAAAAUCCCAAUUGUACAUAUCAUUGUAGGAAAUGUUUAGUCUGGGAGGUAUUUUUUUUCUGUCACAUUUUCAGGUUGUGCUACAAUGAUGAACAUUUGUAAUCUCACACAAACACGUGAGAUAUUAUGCAUAUUACCAGCAAAAGAUCUGGUAACAUUUCAGUAUGGGGCAGUGUUUACGGUGUGACAACUCAGGAAAUAUUUUUUUUUUCUUCCUUGUUUCCAAAGUUUAAGUUUUCUGUGCCACUCUUUGGCCCAUAGGGGGCAGCCUUGUAUUAAGUCAGCUUUAAAUGCCAUGCAGCUUUACAGGAUUCAAUCAGUGGAUGAGAGUAAGCUCAAGCGGAUUGUUUGUAAAGAGUCCGACUAUCUUUAACAUGCAUCAAAUUAUGCUGAAGAUAUCUUGAUCCACUCGCAUUGUCACGUGAAAUCUGAGCCUAAAUAUUACGAAAUACAGCUGAUUUUGAAGGUGCUGAUGUUGCUUCUGUCUAAUCAGGUUUGCUCUCUCCUGCCUUAAGCUUUAAGUCAGGCCUUGUACCUGUUGGGCGCUUGCGUCGAGUGCCAAACUAUGCAAGUUUGAGCCGGAGACUAUGACUGAUAAUUGGUGCUUAUUGAACACACACAGCCGCUGACUGAACGAGAGGAUCACACGCUCUCUGACGUCUGUUUGGCGGCAUUGUUUCCAGUCCAGUUGCUCCCCUACUGAUGAGUAGUGAAAACUACUAUUGUAUUUCUGAGGAAAUAACCCGAAAGCAUGAAAGAGAAGAAUGAAAUCCAGCAUCUGUGUCGCAGGUGUGGUGGAAGUUCGGUUAAUUUAUAUAAUAAAGGUUUAAUUAGAGGGGCAAUUUCUUUUUUCCCUCUAUUUGUUCUGAAAUAAAUUGAAAAUGAGUUUGUUGAUUUAACAGCAACAGGAGCGACGAGGAAUUUAUCUUAACUGUUCAGAUUUGAGGCCCAUGAAUUCUUUCCCACAUGUUAUGGUGCAACGCUUUUAAAUGUCAAAGACCUGCACCACGGAUCGGAGCAGCUGUGAGUUUUAUCUGUUCAAACGUUUUGGUUCAGGGCUCUAGUCAUUUGGAAAUGUGAAUUUCAUGCUGAUGUUUUUUUUGUUGUAGCUUUCCCUCUACAUUGCAGAGAUAAGCUAACUGUCCUGUCCUAACAAAACUUGAAAAUGUGUGCUUGUGUGUGUGUGUAUUUGAUAGCUUGGGAAAUGGGUGUCACGGUGUGUUUGUGUGCGUGUGUUUUUAUAAUGUAGAUUAGAGAAUUUGAAUUCAGAGUUUGUAGUUUUUUUCAAUGAGCAUUAUUUUUUCUGGUAUUUGUACAUAAAUUCUUCUGUAUUUAUACCUAUUUUUUCAGAAUUUUGCGAAGUUGACGCUGGCCUUUCUGCAGAGGUCAUUAAGACAUGCAGCACUUAAUAUUUUGUAAUAUUGUGUGGUCUGUUUGAAAUUGUUAAAUAAAAACUAAAGCCAUUGUUUACACUCA